AUGAACAUAAGAAGUCUAGUACCUCAACAGGAUGCUGUUAGCGCUUAUUUUUCCCUGAUCAGCCCAGCAGUGCUUUGUCUCACUGAAACGUGGUUGGAUAACGCUGUCGCUGAUAAUGAUAUAAGUUUUUUUGAAUAUCAUGUUCCUUGGCUUCUCGAUCGUAACCGUCAUGAAGGAGGUUGCGCAAUUUAUGUUCGGACAGACUUUCACUCAGUUAGACUUGUAGAAUUUGAAGAGACUAUGUUUGAAAUUCAUGCGAGUCGUUUAACAUUAAUGAAUCAACAACAUGUAACAAUCUUAAAUAUUUAUUGUCCUAAAACAACCACUAUGCAACGUCUCCUUGCUCGUUUAAGUACUAUUUUAGAUGAGUUUGGCAAAUCUAAGUACAAAGACGAUAUACUGCUCUGCGUAGGAGACUUCAAUGUACAUUUCCAACCUUGGGCGAAAAGUGAUGUUCCGUCAACAAAAGAAGGAAUCUUGCUAGACGAAUUUCUUGGAUCUAUGAACUUAUCUCAACUUGUUUCUGGAGUCACUCGUAUUGCAUCUAAGACUUGUCUAGAUUUAGUUAUAACUAUGAAUUGA